AUGAUCGAGAGCACAAGUAAUUCGAAAACAGAACAGCAAGGACAAUAUGUUGAGGAUGAUAAAUCCAUGGAACAAUCAAAGGAAAAGAACGAAGUGGCACAAACUGUACCGUGCAUAGAUAAUCCUGAACAGCAGGCGACUCCUGCACUACAGCAGCAUACUAGUCAUUUUCAAUUUGGCUCUGUUAAAGAAGAUCAUGAAGAUAGAGAAAUUGGAAUUGUUGCGGGUAACCAAAUUGGAGCUGUGAAUUUGAGUAAUGCGUCAUUAUCCGUUGGAUCACAGUUACAGCAAACUGGGGGAUCAAUACUUGAUCAGUUACUACCAGCGAAGCAAAAUGUUCACUGCUUAAUUAUUUUGUACCUUCCAGAAAUGGAUGACAAAGCAGGUAUAAAAAAGUUGUCAGGUUGGGAUAGCCUAGCAAAGAAAAGUCAAAGCGGCAAUUUCAGUGCCCAAACGUCGACGCAGUUUGAACUUUUUCGGAAACAUGCAAGAGAAAAAGAAGAAAAGCGAAAGCAGUUGAGAGUGGAGGAAGAACGGAGACGUCGGUUGAAGGAACAGGAAGAAAAAGAGCGUGCUAAGGAUCAAGAAGCUGUCGAGAAUGCUGAAUUAGAGCAAAGACGACAAAAUGAAUUGUUGCGGCAAAAAGAACAGGAAAGACGCCGGAGAGAAGCUAUGAGUACGGGAGGCGAUGUCACUAGUCAGAUGGAUUUAAUGCUCAAUUUUGAGGCUAACUUUUAG